GUGUGGUAUAUUUCAGCGCCCGCUAUACGGUCACUCAUAAAGUCGCCGACUCGAAAUGGAAACGAUCAAUCCCACGUUCUCGUAUCUCACCAAUCUGGAGGUGAUGCAGAUUCUGCAGAAGAUCAAGAGCACCAAAAAGAAGUUUGGCAUGCGAAACUUGGCCACGGUUACUUACGAGGCACUGCAGUAUCUGGAGGAGUCGCCCUGCAAAACCCAAUCCCGCGAGAACAUUGUCAACUAUGUGAAAGACCUUUCUUCCUAUAGACUUAAGUCCCACGAGAUCCUGCAAAUGAUAAACGAUCCUCCGACAAGUGCCCUUCACACGCAGCUGCUCAUCGACGACAAUAAGGCUCCACUUACCGAUGAGGAGAACGAGAAGAUCAUUCAGCUGAGCUACAAGCACUUUCACGGAGCAGAGACCAAGGAAGCUAAAGAGGCCGCUAAGGAGACACCAGCCGAAAAACCAGCAGAGGCAACUGCCAAAACAGCUGGAAAGCAAUCUGGGAAGCGUGGUAAUCAGGCCAAGGAAGCAGAAAAGGCAACUGCGAGCAAAGCAAAUCCGACGGAGGAAGCCACUCCAGCAAAAGAAACUAUCGCACCAGCCAAUGCUCCUUCAACAGCUGAAAUCAAUCUAGAAGUCGCACCCGAAGCGGAAAAGCCCGCGGAGGAGCCAGCAAAAUAACACAGGAGCUUCAUACGUUUAACGUUUCAUAUUUUUAUGUUUGAUGUAGCGUAUAAAAUAAGCUAAAAAAUUGAUUAAAUUAUUUAUGUUCGCUUCUGAUCGCCCAAA